UGGAACCUGCUGCUCUCCUAUCUCAUCGGUACCGCCAGCGUUGCCCGGGCCUGGAGCGCCACCUUCGACCAGCUCCUCGGCAAGAAGAUGGAGAGGUUUUUGGGUGCUCACGUGGCCAUGGGCUCCGUGGGGCUGGCAGAGCACCCAGAUGCCUUUGCCGCUGGCCUGGUGGUCCUGCUGGCAGGGCUCCUUUCCUUUGGAGUGAAGGAGUCCACCGCAGUCAACAAAGCCUUCACAGCUCUCAACGUGCUCGUCCUGCUCUUUGUCACAGUGAGUGGCUUCAUCAAAGGGGACCUGAGCAACUGGAGGCUCCGUGAGGAUGACCUGCCAUGGACAGCUACUCCUGAGGCUGGAAACCAGUCUGUAGCUGACAACAUGACCAGUGCCUUUGGGGUGGGAGGCUUCAUGCCUUAUGGCUUCACUGGGACCUUGGCUGGAGCCUCUACCUGUUUCUACGCCUUUGUUGGGUUUGACUGCAUCGCUACCAUGGGGGAAGAAGUGAGGAACCCACAAAGAUCCAUUCCCAUAGGCAUUGUCCUUUCCCUCCUCAUCUGCUUCCUCUUGUACUUUGGGGUGUCUGCUGCCCUCACCCUGAUGAUGCCCUACUACCUCCUGGACACCAUGAGCCCUCUCCCAGCAGCUUUUGACUACGUUGGCUGGAGCAGUGCAAAGCACGCUGUGGCUGUGGGGUCACUGUGUGCCCUGACAACCAGCCUCUUGGGAUCCAUGUUCCCCAUGCCACGGAUUCUGUAUGCAAUGGCUCGAGAUGGGCUCCUCUUCAAACCUCUGGCCAAAGUCAGUCGCCGUCAGUGCCCGGUGGUGGCCACGCUGGUGUCUGGAGGAGUGGCAGCUCUCCUGGCCCUCCUCUUUGACCUGAGAUCCCUGGUUGACAUGAUGUCCAUCAGCACACUGCUGGCCUACUCGCUGGUGGCUGGCUGUGUGCUGCUGCUCAGGUAUCGGCCUGAACCCAGGGCUUGGGACAGUCCUGUGGGGAAGGUCCCAGCUUUGCAGCUCUGGUGGGACCACCUUGUCCGGCCACCCCCACGUCCCACCCCGUGUUCCUCUGCCAUGGUGGCCUGGGCUCUGGCAGCCGUGGCUGCCCUGGUCUGCCCUGUGAGCUGGGUGAGCGCCGUGGGGCUGUCCUGCCUCCGAGCCAGGGCUGCCUGGUGCAUCACCACUCUGGCUCUGCCACUGCUGGGGAUCCUGCUGGCAGCUCUGCUCAUCUGGAGACAGCCUCAGAGCCAAGAGAGAGCAUCCUUCAUGGUUCCCUGCCUGCCCUUCCUGCCACUCCUCAGCAUCACUCUCAACAGCACCCUGCUGGCCCAGCUCAGCAUGGCUGCCUGGCUGCAGUACCUCCUCUGGAUGGCCACCG